UCGUCAUCAUCGAAAUCGAACGUGACCAGUAGUGGCGCAGGCUUGAAUCAGCUUGAAUCACUACAGAUUUAUUCUCCUGGAGAUAUGUUGUAUUUAUUGCUUUUUAAUCGCUUAUCAUAAAAUUUAUACUUGAAACAUUUUCUUUUUGACGUAGUUGAGUGCUGAUUUUAAUCAUUAAUGCUGCACUCGUUCACACAUAAUUCAGUGUCGUUCUAAUUUUUCGAAUAAAACUAAAUUGACAGAUUUUCUGUUUCAUAGCUCUCACAGUGAUAGAUAUGACGGUUACGGUGUUCGUUAGACAGGCGUUUUUAUUUCCAAAGGAAUUUGUAUAUUUUGGUAGAAAUAUAUCGCGUUUGUAUCAUUGUCAUCGAAAGCAAUAUCAUUUAAACAGUUGUCUGUUAAGAAAAAGUUUGUCAACCUCUCUUGCAACCAAUACUUACAUUAUACAGAGGACAUGUCACAGUGUUGAUAAAAGUAAAGUAGAAAAUAUUUUCGGUAAUCUGACAAAACAACAAGCAAAGGAAUUGGCUUCUAAACUUACCAUAGAGGAACGCGAUCUCAUCUCACAGGCUAUAGAGGAAUGCAAAUCAGAUGAAGACAAAGCUAAAUACCAAAGUCAGCUAGCAGUUUUGCGGUGGUGCAAUGAACUUGGAAGACCCACAAAAAUAUCAUCGUUAGGUGAUGUGGAUGCUACUGGCAAAUAUUGUCGAGUACCUGAUGAUUGGCUCUUACGAAAGUAUGAGUCACACUUAGUUGAAAAUGUUCCAGGACCAACCACAAAAAAUCUAAUAUUAGUUGCAAUUGCGAAUGCAAUUCCAUUCAUUGGGUUUGGUUUUCUUGACAACUUCAUCAUGAUUAUUGCUGGAGAUCAAAUUGAAACAAUAUUAAACAAAAAAUUUCCAAUAUCGACCAUGGCAGCUGCAGCGUUAGGAAACACAGUGUCUGACAUAAUAGGAAUUGGAUCUGUACAUUACGUAGAACUUUUUGCACAAAAAGUUGGAUUUGAAGCACCAAAACUUACUACCAUAGAAUUAAAUCUGCCUAGAACAAAACUAGCUGCAAAUUUGGGACGUGUUAUAGGAGUUACAAUUGGCUGUCUUAUUGGGAUGUCACCUAUACCUAUUUUUAAUUAUUUUCAUCAUAGUGAUUGAAGGUAUCUAUACACUAAUAGCAUUAGACAAAGAUGUACCAUUAGCAUCUUCUAUUCUUCGGUAUAAUUCCCCUUCUACUAAUUAAACCUGAAACCUUCCAAGGUUGUAAAAGUUUUAAAAAAAUAAUGCAUCAAUAUCUA